UGCCAACUAACAGUUUUGUCAGAAGCUCAGGCACGUAACAAAGGACAUAUGUGGGGGCCCGGUGCUUGUGGGGGUCCAGGGCCUCGCAGGGGUCGCGAGGCGGUGUUCCCCUGCAGGCUUUGGGGCACAUUCCUCCGAAGAGCGACCACAGCUGUAAAGCCUCACAGCUCCCCCGCCCGUCUCCAUCUGGGCGCUGACUGGAAUGCGCCGCCGCCUGCUUCCCGUUAAAUGACCCCGUUCGUCGACAGAAUCCCAAAAAGGAAGUUACCAGUUGGACGUGCCCUGAACGCCUCACCGGGGAGACAUCCGGGAGUCUGGCUCCUCUCAAUGUGGAUUUGAUUGUCAUCAUGGCAGAUUGGAGUAUCUGCUUGCUAGCAGCUGGAGCUGCUGCGCACCGCUACCGUGUAACCGGCGGCCGUGAGAGUGAGUGACGGCAGGAGAGGCUCUGCUCGUCAGGGAAAGAAACUGUAGAAUGAUAAAAGAGAAUCGCUAAAAACAACACUGUCUUUUUGUUAAAAAAGACUUAAUUUGCUGGGAAUCUGUAGAGUCUCUGGUUCAGUUCAGAACAAUUGAAUGAAAAAUUUGGAAAAUGUUCUGUUGGAGUUUUAUACCUUAAUAUUGCUGAUUGGCUCAUUUCACCGUCAAUCAAAGAGGGAUUCCGCCUCACACAGAUCAUCCAGCCCACCGACGCCGGGCCUCAGAUGGGCGGGACAAAGCCCAUCAUUUAUCCAAUGACCGUCCAGUUUUCCCGCAGUGGAACAACCCAUUAUUCUACGCUUCGCCAUCCAAGUCAGUCGACGCUCACGUCCGACUUUGUGGUGUCCACGGAUGAAUGAGGGGGAGUGUUGUCAGUUCCUUGUGAUAGCAGCUGAUUCCGAACAAAAGAUGAAGGGAACGUCGUCAUGGGAAUUUACAAGGAGGAAAAAAAGGAGGGUCAGGGGCGAAAGCGGAAGAGGUGCCGUGACAUAAGAGAUACAUAAUCUUGACGUGAGGAGGUGAGGUGGACGUGGAAAAGACGACGUAAGUGGAAAUUGGGAACAAUCCAAGCGAGACACCAUGCGGACGACGGCUGUCCUCCUCCUCCUCCUGCUGCGUUUACCUCGUCUGCCGUCCUCCAUGAACACGACUAAAGGUCUCAACCAAUCAGAGGCGGAGGUCCACCAGGACGUCUCCCAUGCGCCUGUCAUCCCCCAGCAAGGAGAGGGGGGAGGGGUCGGAGGGCGUGACACAUGCUCCAUCCCCUGUGACGUCACCGUCAGGCUGCUACGAGAUGAGAAAUAUUCCAUCUGUGGCCAGUUGCAGCAGUCUUUGCUGGCGUUUGGCCGCAGCACCAGAAAGCUGAUGCGGGACGGGAUGGAGGAACAGCAGCGAGCUCUGGACGUCCUCACCAGCCAGGUGUCAGAGGUCAUGAACAGAGUGCAAGCGCUCAGCAUGGAGGUGCAGAGGAGCAACGCUGAGAUGUACGCCGUCAAACCCCCUCUGUCACACGGACGGGACUGCAGCGACAUCAAGGACAGUCUGAUGUCCGUCGUCCCCAAGAUUCCCAGCGGGACUUACAUCAUCCACCCGGAUGACUCUGACUCAUCCUUCGAGGUCUUCUGUGAGAUGGACUACAUGGACGAGGGAUGGACGGUGAUGCAGCGGAGGACUGAAGGCCUGACGGACUUUCGACGACCCUGGGCGGACUACGUUAACGGCUUCGGACAUCUUGCAGGUGAGCACUGGUUGGGCCUGAAGAAGGUUUUCAACAUCGUGAACCAGAAGGAGACGCGGUUCCAGCUCCUCGUCGCUCUUGUGUCGCACGAUGACGUCGCCUCGUACGCGUCCUACGACGACUUCCGCCUGGACAACGAAACCAGCUUCUUCAGCAUCCACCUGGGAAGAUACGCGGGCAGCGCAGGCGACGCCUUCCGUGGAUACGACCAGGACCAGAACCAGGACACGGCCCCGUUCAGCGCCUCAGACGUGGACAACGACGGCUGCAACCCCUCCUGCUCCCUGGCGGGGCUCACGGUGGAGAGCUGCAGUGCCCGGCACGACCACACGGGGUGGUGGUUCAAUGGGUGCGGCCUGGCCAACCUCAACGGCUCUCCCGGGGACGGCCAGCAGGACCGGGGGCCUCGGACGGGCAUCCUGUGGGACACCUGGAUGCACAACGGGGUGGCCCGAGCCAUUAAGUCUGUGACCAUGAAGAUCAGGAGGAUGCCAACUAAUAACUAAAAAAAAACUAUUUACCUUUUUUGUCAUAAAACUUCACCAUCUUAUUGGAGAGUCUGCUUCUUCCACACCAAACUCCUCCGAGCAUGCCUUCAUGGCAUCGGGAAGAGAAAUGUCUCCAUCAUACAAAGAUUCAAUAUUGAUGGACAAGCUAAG